AGCUGUACAUGGAGAUCUUGCUGGGAAAAUCCGCUUGUUCCCCUCACGGCGUCCAGCCCAGGAGAUCUGCCGCCGCCACCGUCCGGGAGCUCCCUCGGCCACUGCGCAGACCCCUCCGAGAGCCUGAGCCGCCGCCUACGCGCUCCAAGUCGACCGCAGGGCCCCAGAUCCUUACCCGGAAAGAAGAAGAGGAUCUGAGAAAAUGGAUGCACUGAAACCUCUCUGAAAACCCUCCGAGGGAGCCCGAGAGGAGCGAGGACACGUUACUCGCAGCUAAAAUCACAUUCAAGGACCAAAACAACCACCACCAAAAUUUUCAUUAAAACAAUAAGCGCCCAAGAACCCAGAUCGGGCUGGUGGGGGGAGGGGGAGGGGCGGGAAGGGGAGGGUCGCACGGAGGUAGCUUCACAGUGAGCAGUGGACCCGGCCGCUUCCCUGCAGAGCCGGGCCGGCUCCUCCAACUGUGGCUCGGACUCGUCCCGGGACUCCAAGUUAGCUUCCGCGCAAGGAGCGCGGCCGGGGCGUGGAGCCCGGCGACUCCGCGAAGCAGCCUCGCGGGAGCCCGGGCACUUUUGCAUGAGCACCAGAGGAUUUGGCCUCCCCGCAGCAGCCCGGGAAGCAGGAGCCGGCGCGCGGGCCGUGGAGCAAGAAAGGAGCCAGCGGCGGCGGCGGCGGCCAAGGGCGCACGGUGCCGGGACCAGCUCGCCGAGCCCCAUGGGGAGCCGGCGGCCGCAGCGCUCCUGAGGCAGGCCCCGCGGGCCAGGCGGGGGGCCGGGGCCCGGGCUGCAGCAGCCCCCUCUGCGGCUGCCGGGCGGGCCCGGGCGCCCGGGGGUUGGGGGGUGGGGGGUGGGGGAGGCCGCCGAGCGCGGAAGCAGGAGCCCGAGCGGAGGGCGCAGCGGGGCUGCGCGCACGCUGGGGCGCGUGGAGGGGCGCGGAGGGCGAGAUGAGUCUGGUGGGGGGUUUUCCCCACCACCCGGUGGUGCACCAUGAGGGCUAUCCGUUUGCCGCCGCUGCCGCCGCCGCCGCUGCCGCCGCCGCCAGCCGCUGCAGCCACGAGGAGAACCCCUAUUUCCAUGGCUGGCUCAUCGGCCACCCCGAGAUGUCGCCCCCCGACUACAGCAUGGCCCUGUCCUACAGCCCUGAGUACGCCAGCGGUGCCGCCGGCCUGGACCACUCCCAUUACGGGGGGGUGCCGACGGGCGCCGGGCCCCCGGGCUUGGGGGGGCCGCGCCCGGUGAAGCGCCGGGGCACCGCCAACCGCAAAGAGCGGCGCAGGACUCAGAGCAUCAACAGCGCCUUCGCCGAACUGCGCGAGUGCAUCCCCAAUGUGCCCGCUGACACCAAACUCUCCAAGAUCAAGACGCUGCGCCUGGCCACCAGCUACAUCGCCUACCUCAUGGACCUGCUGGCCAAGGACGACCAGAACGGCGAGGCGGAGGCCUUCAAGGCUGAGAUCAAGAAGACAGAUGUGAAAGAAGAGAAGAGGAAGAAGGAGCUGAACGAAAUCUUGAAAAGCACAGUGAGCAGCAACGACAAGAAAACCAAAGGCCGGACGGGCUGGCCGCAGCACGUCUGGGCCCUGGAGCUCAAGCAGUGAGGAGGAGGAGGAGGAGGAGAGUGCGAGGAGCUGGGGCCCAGGAGCCGGAUGCAGACCCAGGACUCCGGGCAAGCCCUCCGCGCUCCGCUCCAAGGACUACUUGCAUUUGGAAUCAUUCGGUUUAUUUAUGUGCAAUUUGCCUCCCCUCUCUUUGCCCCCCUUUGAGGCAUCCGCUCCCCACUUCCCCUUCCAAAAAAGUGGAUAUUUGAAGAAAAGCAUUCCAUAUUUUAAUAUGAAGAGGACACUCCCACGUGGUAAGGGAUCCCGUCGUCUUGUAGAUUCUCUGUGUGUGAAUGUUCCCUCCUGGCUGUGUAGACACCAGCGUGGCCCCCUACCCACCUACCCAAACCCUUCCAGAUAAAGACAGCGGACAUUAGUGUGUAUGUGAAGUGUAUCUUUAAUCCUUGGCCUUUGGAUAUAAAUAUUCCUAGGGAUUAUAAAGUUUUAUUUCAAAGCAGAAAACGGGGCCGCUAACAUUUCCGUUAGGGUCAGUAUCUAGUGCUGUCGUUUCAUCUGUGGUUGUUCCCUAUUCGAAGAUGUUUCCAACAGCUACUUGUUUUGUGCACUUCCGUCCUCUAAAACUAAGUGGAAUUUAAUUAAUAUUGAAGGUGUAAACGUUGUAAGUAUUCAAUAAACCACUGUGUGUUUUUUUACAAAAACCCUAAUCUUUUAAUAGUUGAUACCUCAAAAGAGUUUUGAAAACAAAACUGUUAUAUUUGUUUUCAUAAUAUUUAAAAUAUUCAGAAGUAAACUAAAUUAUCAUGAUUGCCUCUAACUUUAUUUGAAAGAGUCGGUGCUUCCGACCAAUCAUCAACGUGAGCUCUGAUCCUUGCAGGGUGAGGAGGUCCUUUAAAGAGAAGGGUCCUUGGUGAAAAUCCUGCCAAAGAGCUUGGGCUCUCGCCCCCACCCCCCAGCUCCCGGGAGAAGGCUGAGUGGUCUGUAGAAGGAGGGUCUGAAUCGGAGAAAGGCCUGGUGGUUUCCUCAGAAAGUGAAAAGUGUCCUUGUUUUUAUGAAAACAACCAGAUACCAUUCGGUGGGGGCUUUGGUUGCAGAGCGUGUUUUGGUGGAGGAGGUUUGAGGAGGAUCCCAGGCGUUAGUCUUUAAUUCAAAAUAUAGAGCUUUCAUCUAAGAA